UCAGGACAUUCAUGAGAAGGAAAUACAACCCCACCUCCCAAAGGCCACAUUCAACAGCAUACAAAGCCACAGAAGAAGUGAGGCAAUGAACAGUCUGCACUCAGAGACUAGGAAGAGAGAGGGCGGCCACACCCAGGAAGUUUAAUUUUACAUUCUUGCUGUGAAAACUUUUGCUUUAACAGAGGCUGCAGGUGAGAAACGGGCAGAUCCCUGGAACCAUGUAUACACCUAUCCCCAAAAGUGGUUCUCCCUUUGAUGCUUCUGUCAAAAAGCCGGGCUUACACAUCUGGCGUGUGGAGAAGAUGAAGCCUGUGCCCAUCCCAGAAAACAUGAAAGGCAUAUUCUACUCUGGGGAUUCUUACCUGAUUCUUCACAAUGGACCUGAGGAGCAAUCUAGUGUGCACAUCUGGAUUGGCCAGAACUCUUCCCGGGAUGAGCAAGGUGCUUGUGCUCUCCUUUCCACCCAUUUCAACUCCUUCUUGCAAGAAAAACCCAUCCAGUACCGGGAAGUACAGGGCAAUGAGUCUGAUGUGUUUAUGGAGUAUUUUCCCCAUGGCAUCAAAUACCAGGAAGGAGGCGUAGAAUCCGCCUUUCACCAAACCCAGUCCAGCUCAAAGCCUAUUCCCAUCCGCAAACUCUACCAGGUGAAAGGGAAAAAGAACAUCCGAGCCACUGAGAAGGAGAUGAGCUGGUCUAGUUUCAACACCGGCGAUUGCUUCAUCCUGGAUUUAGGGGAGAGCAUCUUUACUUGGUGUGGGGGGAAAUCCAACAUUCUGGAGCGCAACAAAGCCCGAGAUUUAGCAACGGCGAUCCGGGAUAGUGAGAGGAAGGGGAAGGCCCGAGUGGAGAUUGUGGCAGACGGCGAGGAGCCCGCAGAGAUGAUACAGGUCUUGGGCCCUAAACCAGCUCUGAAAGAGGGCAGUCCAGAAGAGGAUAUCAUGGCUGACCAGUCGAAUGCAGCCGCAGCUGUACUAUAUAAGGUCUCAGACAUGACAGGUAAGAUGAGCCUGACCAAGAUUUCUGAGGCCAGCCCAUUCCGCCAAGAUCAGCUUAUCACAGAUGACUGUUUCAUUCUGGACAAUGGCCAGUGUGGAAAAAUCUAUGUUUGGAAAGGUCACAAAGCCAAUGAACAGGAACAACGUGCAGCUCUGAAGGUGGCCGAGGACUUCAUUGCCCGGAUGAAGUAUCCCCCAAACACACAGGUUGAAAUAUUGCCCCAAGGCCGCGAGAGUCCUCUCUUCAAACAAUUCUUCAUCAACUGGAAGUGAAUUCUCCAUCCUGAGUUAGCAAUAUGACAUAUUCAUACCAGUGCCUUACCCUGCAGCAACUCUUAUGCCUUAUUAAACUGGAGCCGUUGUGUCUUCUCCAACA